CACGGUAGGCUUUUCCAUUGUACCCAUUACACCUGAACCCGCAGUGUUCGUGUACAAUUGAAUAAAGAGUACUGCAUUUCCGCGUGCGCCAUAUUGAAAAACAUCAUUGCAUGAUACUGUGCAAAACCAUAUGCAGUAAUAGACACGCCCGUACAGUACUUGCUUGUGCACGUAGUCAUCUCUGUGAUCAAGAAAACACUGGGAUAGCACAUAUCAGCAGUCAUGGCAGACAGUAGAAUUCCUGGCAGUAAUAGUAUGUGUGAAUGCAGCACCGCUGCGUCGACUGCACCUCUUAUCUAUGCUAUCCCCGAUGACUUAAUAAAGACGAUUUUGCAACGCCUCGGUGCAUCUGACCUGUGUCACGUGGCAUCAUGCUGCCGUUGGCUACGUGAUGCAACCAAUCAGGAUUCAUUAUGGCGCCCUCUUUGUCAAAGCAAAGGAUGGGAGCACUACGGCACCACCACGGACCUGGCCAAGAUAGCCUCCUAUGGACCUUCUGAGCAGGCAGCUGAUGCUAGUGAAGCAGGAGACGACAGCGUCACCUUCCAGAAAGAUAGGAUCGUGACUGAUGACAACACAGCGGGUUUGACCAGCACUUGCAGGUGGAAAGGCGUCUACAUGAGAGCUUACCAUCUGGAUAGAAACUGGGCUACAAAUUCCUCUUAUUCCAAUACGUUUUACCUCGAUGUGGAAAAAAAUCCCAAUCCUCAACACCGCAUUGUUCUUGUCGAUGGGGAUCUUUUGUCACUUCACAACUUUGAGGAAGCGAUCCAAGUCUUUGACAUUCGGAAGAAAACCCUUCAGUGUGUUAUUCCUACUAUCAAACCAGCGGGCUUAGGAAAGUUCAAAGAUGGCGUAAUUGUGGUGCCGUUCGAAAGUGGGGUGGCCUGUGCAUUUGAAGCAAGGACAGGGAAGCUGCUACAAACGAUAGACGGAAAAUGGCGCUAUGAAAGGGUGUUAUUGUUCUUUGAUGGUGAACUGGUCAUUACGUACGUGCGUACCUUCAGAGGGGUAGACAGCAAGAAGUUUCGUAACAUUUACGUGUGGUGCGUGAAAGACGGCAAACUUCGACGGAUCCUGAAAUUGGAUCCUACAGACGACGUCGGGGUUUGUUAUAACGUGGACUAUCGGGACAGGAUGGUAGCAGCUGCCCUCGAUGAUGACUACAUUCGCGUGUGGGAUGUGAGGAGCGGAGAGUGUUUACACAAACUAAAAUGCCCCGGGAAAAACUCCAAGGUUCAACUCGUCGAUAAUGUUAUCGUUGGUUUCAGCACGAACGGCGACGUCUGCGUUACUAGUAUUUGGAGCCAGGACACGGGAGAGUGCCAAAAAAUGAUAAAUGUAGGCUUAACCGACCGUGGUAUGAGGGGGUAUACUGCAGAGAUGGUGAAUAAUUUGAUACUAAUGCAGUUUUCAACCAGAUGUUGCACUGCGAUUUCUUCGGUGUACGCUUACAAUCUAAAUGGAGAAUUGGUAACGAAAGUCGAGCGUAAUUUCUAUGCAAUGAAAGGAAACGGAAGAAAGCGUCUUUUCUAUCAACUACAUGAGUCGGAGGAAGGGAAGGGUAGCGGAGAUGAUGGGCUAUCAGUGACGUGUGAAAUGAAACUGACAGAAGAAAGCAGUAGAAGGGAGUAUGAAUCACGGAAAAGGGUCAUCUUCAACAUCACUCCAAUUGGCUUGGUACCACUCUUUGAUGCCAGUCCUGCCCAACUCAUCGGGAUUGACGAAAUCAGAAUGAUCCUAUGUGACAAUAAAGAACACAGAAUUCUCAUCCAUCAUUACUGGUAAACCAGUGGUGACGCCUAACCAAUUAACAAACUCGCUGCACAGCUUUCCCAAAUUGACAAUUAUCCCCUCAAAACACAGAUGUCAAACCGGAGCUCUGCCAAAAAAAAAAAAAAACACUGGACCGUGAUACCCUAAAACUCCAGGCAUAACACAGCGAUUGGAAACAGUGUGGUUUUAAUCUUUUUUUUCACCUCUUAAAGCCCAGUCCUGCUAUUUUUAUUCCUGGAAAUUUCAUUGUAAUCUUAUAUGCUUUGAUUUAUGCUCAAUAUGUUUUCCUCAUUUUUUGUUAUAAUAAUUACAUACAUAAACACCUUUCUGUACAUGUCUCACCACGACCCAAAUGUUUGUAUUAGGCGUUGCCUCUGCAACCGGCUUUUGUUUUAGCAUAUCGUGUAGUUGAACAUUCGCCCAUAAAUCUUAUUUUGCUACCACAAAAAAAGAAGAAAAAAAGAACUGAGAAUGCAGAGUCAAAAGAGACUCAAUAGAAUUCAUCAUUCGAUUCCAUCAAUUUUGGAUAUACUGAGAGAGUUCUCGUUUUUGAUUCUGUGUUUCUGCACGCAUUUAGUAGCCAACUUCGCACGAAUAGUGCGUUAUUAAGUCGCCCACGACGGUAUUCUCUUGUAAAUAUUAACGGCACAAUUUCGACUCAAUAACUGAGUUUGUAAAUCUGAACCUGUGCAUCAACGGGUUUUAGCAUUAAUGCAAAUGAAUUUUAUGGAACAAGUGACAUUUGUUUACCAAUUUUCAUGCUGCUGUCAGGUGAUGCAAACUUUAAGCAAACGGUU